AUAUAAGCUGUAGGAGACCCAGAGAAAACGAUCCCGAUCAACCUUUUUAAGCUACGAAUCUAUCAUAGGUUCUUAGGUAUAAUACAGUACAAAACAUCUGCCACCAUGACUUCCAUUACAAGCAAGAUCAGGGAAUCAAUCCCUCGCAACAUCGAACUCCUAGCUAUUCUCACCGAGACAGAUCACGCACAGCCAGCUCUAGAACAGCAGAAACGCUAUGUUGAUGACCUCAACAAUGAACUCUCUGCUGUCCGGAAGCGCAUCGCCGUACUUGAUAAACAGCGAGCUAAAGAGUUUAAGGAGCAUAAGAGAUAUCGCGACUCCGUUAUGAAACGUUUUGCAUACCGCGUGAGCGGCAAGACCGAGAAAUUCGAAGCCAAGGCUGAGAAAGAAGAGAAAGAAUAUUUCGCUGUUUUACAGCAAGGACAACAGGCUAAAGAGAUGGAAGAGCAUCUCAGACAGAUGCGGUCCAAGGCCUUAGAGGUCCAGAGUGAUUUAGAGGCCGAAACGAGUCGCCAUAUAGAAGCCCAGCAGCAACUUGACAAUCUUUAUGACAGUAUUUUCCAGGGACCAACACCAGCAUUUCCAGAUGAAGAUCGCUUAGAAGAGAAUGCCCGGAAUACUUUACAAUCCUACCAAAACAUUCGCAUGGUGGUAGAGGCGGAGCAUCAUGUUGUGCAUCUCUUAACAGAAGCCCAAGAGCGGAUCGUCAGGGCGCUCAAUUACACCGAAGAAGCCCUUGACCAUAGCCGAAUGGAUAUGUUUGGUGGCGGGACGCUGACCGAUAUGAUGGAGCGUAACGCAUUGGAUAAAGCUGAAAGUCAAGUCGGUCAGAUGCUAUCACUCGUGCGACAAGCACAGCACGCGUCGCAAAAUGUGCAAGGUCUACCAGCCGUCGAAAUUGCACACAGUGAUCUAUUAGGUGAUGUAUUCUUCGACAACGUAUUUAGCGACAUGGCUUUCCACGAAAAGAUCAAGGAUUCCCGUGCAAGUCUUCAUCGAGCCCACGAUAGCCUACGCAACCAACUAGCCCUGGCCAAAUCAAGAAAACAAGAAGCCGAGCAAGAGUUGCAUAUGCGCGCCGAGUCACUGAAAAGGGCUAGAGAAGAACUGCAAAAUGCAAGGCAAGCCAUUUUUGAACGUGUCGAUAAUAAUAAUAUUGGCGAGCCUGCAUUUACUAUGGAUCAACCUCCCCCAUAUCAAAUAGGGGCCUGAGAUACUACGAUACCCCCACCUAUGUAAAAUGCAAAUAGAGCAAUAAUUUUACUAGGAUACGGAUGUCAAUCUUAUGUGAACAACAAAUUCAAAUUCAAAUUGGCUAUCAGAACGCUGCAAUAUUUAACUCGAAUGAUCGACUAAGCCGCUAGGCUUAUUCAACUAACAAUACACCAUCGCCUCUUCCCUC